UUUGUAUUGAGUAAAGUGUUCCUUAUCAGGUUUCGAUGACCUUUGUUUGUAUGCUCUAGUUAAGAUAUAAAUGCUUUCACAAAUUACUGUCAGAUUUAUGAAAUUGUAAUGUCUAUGCGUUUGUUAUUUGUCGUUUUGUAUACUUUCGUUCUUUGGAAAGUGGUCCAUCUUGAAAAUGCAAGUGAAGUUUAUUUCGAACCAAAGUCAGUUCAUCUUCAGUCAGGUGGAUUUAGAAAAGUAUACAUAGGAUUAAAGGGUACAGCAGAACAUGAUAUUUUUCUUGAGUUUCAAUAUUGGGACCGAAAUGGUUCUGUAAUUUCACUAAAAGAACCAAAUCAUUCUGUUAUCCGGCCCGUUAAUAACGUAACCAUAAGAAAGAUGCAAUCGGAACCUUCGAAUUUCACCGUUUUUGCGAAUACACCUGGUUAUAUAUACUUGGGAAUAAAGCCUGCUCCAAACGUAAACAUUGUGAACGCAGGUAAACCUAUCUUUUCUGUAACUGUGGUGCAUUUUCAUUGGUUAAAUACAUUUCAAAUUGUGAUUGGCUGGAUUUAUUUUGCCGCUUGGACAGUUUCAUUCUACCCUCAGUUCUUUUUGAACUGUAGACGAAAGAGUGUGGUUGGAUUCAAUUUCGACUUUGCUGUGUUGAAUGUGAUCGGAUUUUUAUUCUAUAGUAUCUACAAUAUUGGUUUAUACUGGAUCCCACUUGUUCAGGAUCAAUAUUUGCAACGAAAUCCUUUGGGAUCAGUACCAGUACUAGAGAAUGAUUUGGCAUUUGCAUUUCAUGCAUUUCUAAUUUCUUUAUUAACAGCUUUACAAAUAUUAUGUUAUGAGCGUGGUGGUCAACGUGUAUCAAAGACAUGUAUAGGAAUAAUAAUAUUAAUCAUUAUCUAUACGAUAAUUGUUUGUAUAUUAGGCGGAGUUCAUUACGUGGAAUGGCUAGAUACGUUCUACUUAUUAUCUUAUGUUAAACUGUUUAUCUCAUUCAUUAAAUAUGCACCUCAGGUAAGUAAACAUGUGAUGUAAUUAAAUAAACGGAAUAUUCAUUUUAUAAUUUUAUUGAUGAAAGUUUUCUCAGUUCAUUUAAAGUUAUUUCUAUCAGUAGUCAUUCAGUUUUUUAGUCAUAAAUAUGAUGUCUUAUUUUGUUAUUUAAAUAUAAUCCUAUUGUUCAAUCGUAGAAGUAAUAUUCCUUUCUUCAAUUUGUAUGGAAUUGAUAAUUAUGAGCACCAACUGUGAGUUACUUUCCUACUUACUGACACCUAUUACUCCUCGUGAAACAUAGGCUACCGAUUAAGAUUCCCCAACCAAUUCUACCCAGGACCCUGCUUUUAAGUCGAUGCCAAGUGCUAGUCAUUCUUUUGAUGAUCUCUCGAAUGUGUAUCCAUUCCACAUUCUGUGACUCUCUUUGAUUUCCUCUUCAAUUGGAAUCUGAUUUGUCAUCUGCCACCGUAGGUUGUUACAGAUGGUAUCUGGCCAAUUGGUAUUAAAUAUUUUGCGUAGAAAACUGUUUACAAAUAAUUAUACCUUUUUGAUGAUAAUUGUAGUAAUUUUCAAAGUUUCAUUUGUGUAUGACAAAACCGUCUUUAGUUCCGUAAUAAAAAUUCUAACUUUGGUGUUGUCUAACAAAUGUUUUGAGAUGCAAAUGUUCUUCAACUUUAGGAAUUUUUAACUCCUGUUUUUCCAAAGGCAGCAUAAAAUAAAAAAAGGAACAGAACAGUUGUUAGCAUGUUUCCUCUUUUUGUCUAUCACUUGCAAUAAAUAAGAGACGAACACAUUGGAAUUCAUGUAUCUCACAUAUGAUGGCUUCAGAAAAAAAAUAGACUUGUAGCAGUUAAAUUGUAGACUACCUGGUUGGGAUCCGCGAGACGAUAGUAACCAAUGGCUAGAGACCUGGAAUGAAAUGACUCAAAAUCGUUUGCAAUGGCGCAGGUGCAUCCACUCUUUGUGUUCUCCCGAAUUCUAAUCUUCUGUAUUCUUCAUGUCCUUUUUUUUCUCUUUCCAAAUUUAUUUCAUUGUAUUAUACUCUUUAAGUAACAUCUCCAAACACUAAUCUUCCCGAUUACUGCUUGCACUCUUAUUACCUCUACCACUACGGGAUUUGAAUCGACCACUGCAUCUCUGUGCUAAUGUGGUAUGGUAACUCAAAUUGAUGAACAUACGUGUGAAGUUCUACAUUGUUACUGACUGACUAAACGGUUUGUAAACUUUCUUGACUGAAGUUAAGUGUCGGAUACUAACUAUGAAACACAUUGUGAAAAUGUAUUUUUUUAAAUAAAUAAAAUUUGGAAAUAUGUUAUUACAGUGAUUUAUUGAUAUAUUGCACAAUGAGUACUGAGAAUUGCUUACCUUAACAAAAUUUGUAAGGCUUUUCACCUAUAAUACAUUAUCAAUCUUUAGUUGUUUUGUAGAGAGACUUGUAAAAAUUAGUUCAAGUUUGAUUUCUUUACUUGUAUAGUAUACUGUAACAUAUAAAUUUAAACUUCAAGACCUUGCAAUGUAUCCAAUCAAUGGUGGCGAGGUUUUAACUUAGAAACAAAUCAAUGAGAUUUACGACAAAAUGUCUUGGUGUUUGAUACAAAAUUCACAACUUUCAUAUAGUUAAAUACUAUUUUGCCAUUGUAGUUAAUACCAAUUCUCAUUCCUAAUUUUGAUAUUCCACUCUAAACAUUAAAUCUUGAUCUAUCACAUUAAUUUACAAUAUUCUUUUGCCACUAGUUAGUAGGUGAAUAUUUUUUAAAGGUCAUUUUAACACUACUCAUAGAUUGUCUAUUUUAACAAGUUACAUUAUGUACAAUGUUUUUGAUAGCUUAUUACCUACAAUUACUAUAUAAGAGACCAUUCUAUUAACAUAAACUAUUUAAUUGAUAUGAUUCCGAAAAUUUUGUUUUCUAUAUUUCAUUAUCAAAGUACAAGUACAGUUUGGCUGAUCACCAAAGUU